AUGGACUUCAAAGAGCACUACUCGGACACGAGCUCAUCGGUGGCCAACGCCGUCAGACUCAAUGAUCUCAAACUCUUACGCAAACUGAUCCGCGACGGACUGGCCGUCGAUGUGAUGGACAACAGGGGUUGGCGUCCACUCCAUCAGGUGAUCAACUCAUCCCAAGCGCCAGCGUCGAUCCUGAAGGAGAAGAAUAGCUACCAAUUGGUGGAAGAGUUGCUGAAACACGAGGACACGAACCCGAGCUGGAGGUCACACGAGGGCGAGACAGCCCUCCUGUUGGCCUGUCGUCACAACACGGGUCACAACGCCUACAAAACGGUCGAAACCCUACUGAAGUACAAAUCGGAUCCAAAUAUCGGUGACAACGAAGAGGAGACCCCUCUGCUGGCGGCCACCCGUUCCGGACACACGGGUUGUGUGCAGCUGUUGGCCAAACACCGGGCGGUUGACGUAAAUCGCGGCGAUUGUGGCGGUUGGACACCACUGCACGAGUCGACCACUCGUGGAGAUCUAGUGAUGACACAAACACUCAUCAGUUGUGGCGCCAAAAUGGACGCUAAAGACGAGUGCGGAAUGACACCCAUAUUCACGGCCGCACAACACGGAAGGCUCGACUGUUUGACAGUAUUGGUCGAGGAGGCCGUCCGACAACACAUGCCGUUCCUGUUGGACGAGGGGGCCAACGACGGCGCCACUCCUGUCAUGAUUGCCGCCCAACAGGGGUUUACCCAUUGCAUCGACUUUCUCAUCACAGCCGGUGCUAACCCUAACAGUUACGCCAACGACGGCGUGAAUGCCAUCCAUUUGGCGGCCGAAUGCGGUCACCACAAGACACUGGAACUGUUGCUGCAGAAGAUGGACGUCAAAGACAUUGAGAACCAAUUGAGACCCGAAUUACCGGAACUCAAACUCCGAAACCCUCUCCACUUAGCCAUUAGUAGCGAUCGCAUGAAGUGUCUGAAAGUGAUGUUGAAGUCCGGGUUCGGCGUCAAUACAAUCGACUAUAUCUUUGAGCAGAAGUUCUCGCUGUCGAUGCCUCCGCCCAAAUACAUUACGCCCCUAUCGUUGGCGGUGGCGCUCAACCACUGGGACGCCGCCCGUCAACUGGUCCGCUAUGGGGCCGAUGUGAACGCCACGCACCCCAACGCCUACGCGCCCUCCCAUUGCGUGUUUUCGGUCAUCGACACGGAGUACGAGAGUGGAGGAGACGACAGCGACAGCACCCGUAUGCUGGACCUGUUGUGCAGACACGGGGCUGACGUUAACUACUGUCGCACUGAAUCGGAACCCAAUGAACUACUGCACGCCCUGUUUCAGCCCACAUUCCUACAGGUGCUGUUGCGGUACGGACUCGACAUACGGACCUGUUUUAAAGAGGGAUACAUCGGCCGAUUCCUGAGUCUGUCCUUCCAUUUGGUGACUCUGCACUGGUAUCACAACGUAUUACCGGUGGUGGUGGGGGUUAUUGAGCGCAAUAAUGUGGUCAGAGAGCAUAUGACAGCACUGGCCAACCAUAUAGAGUCCAUCUAUAAGAUGCGAUUCGGUAUCGACGAGUAUAACGACUCGGUUUGGGCGCCGGUAUUCGAUCUGUUCGAUAGACCACAUUCUCUCAAAGAGUGCGCCCGAUUCGCACUGCGGCGGCACAUGUACUCGAAAUGUCGGCGAUUGAAUCACUCGUUUCCGGACACCAUUGAGUCGUUGGAUCUGCCCAUCAGUUUACGGCAUUAUCUACUAUUCAAAGAGUUUAGUGUUGAACCGAUUCUAGUCUGA